UCUGACACUUCAACUUGCCGUGCUCUACGGUAGUUGAUUCAGUCAGUCACUCACACCGUCUCCGGGGCUCUCGCGUCGUCUUUGUGAAGUGAAGGCAGCGAGAGAGAGAGAGAGAGAGAGAGAGGAGCGCCGUAAACACGAGGUUUGGAGAAACAAUACGCGGAUUUUGCCACUGAGGUCCGAGCUUAAGAAUCACCGCUUAAGGAGGGGUCAGCAAAAGACCGUGCGUGAGGAAUACAUGAAGGGCGGUGUGGGGGAGGGGGCGGCCACCACAGCGGCAGUACCACCGAGGUCAAAGUUCACACAGAGUACAGAACCUUUAAUGGUGUCCCGGUAGAGGCAUCAAGAUGAACACGUUACCAUCAAUGGACCGGCACAUCCAGCAGACCAAUGACAGGCUGCUGUGCAUCAAACAGCACUUACAGAACCCGGCCAACUUCCACUCAGCGGCCACAGAGCUGCUCGACUGGUGUGGAGAUCCCCGGGCCUUCCAGCGACCUUUCGAGCAAAGUCUCAUGGGAUGUCUGACGGUGGUGAGCCGCGUUGCGGCUCAGCAGGGGUAUGACUUGGAUCUGGGCUACAGGUUGCUGGCUGUGUGUGCUGCCAACAGGGACAAAUUCACUCCCAAGUCUGCAGAAACCAGCACCUGCAGGAGAUGUCAGAGUGACUCAGCCCUGCUGUCGUCGUGGUGCGAGGAGCUGGGUCGUCUCCUCCUGCUGCGUCACCAGAAGAGCAGGCAGAACGAACCGCAGGGAAAGGUUCCCAUGCAGCCCAGUAUGAACAGCAUGAAGCCCGGCCUCACACACAGUGAUGGAUCCUUUCCCUAUGACUCUGUCCCCUGGCAACAAAACUCCAACCAGCCCCCUGGGUCAUUGUCUGUGGUUACAACAGUGUGGGGCGUGACCAACACGUCACAGAGUCAGGUGCUAGGUAACCCAAUGGCAAAUAGCAAUAACCCCAUGAAUCCUGGAGGUAACCAAAUGGGAUCGGGUCUGUCUGCCAGCGCAGCAGGGCUCAACUCACCCCAGUUCAAUCCUCAGCAGCAACAGUUUCCAAACAAAGGAGGCUCCAACCAACAGUACAUGCAGCAGGGCAUGUACGGCAGGCCUGGUUACCCUGGAGGUCCUGGGGGAUAUAGUGGGAGUUACUCUGGAGGCCCAAACCCUCCUCAAGGAGGUAUGGGAUUGGGCUCCCACACACGUUCUCCUGGUGACUUCACUCAGCCAGCCGCCGCCGCAGCAGCCGCUGCUGUCGCUGCCGCUGCUGCUACGGCAACGGCCACAGCAACGGCAACGGUGGCAGCUCUGCAGGAAACCCAGAAUAAAGAUAUGAACCAGUAUGGACAGAUGUGUUCUUCGUUCCAAAUGGGCCCUUCGCAAACCUAUAAUAGCCAGUUCAUGACCCAGUCGGGCCCACGAGGCCCCCCUGGUGGUAUGAAUCCCGCCAGCAUGGGUUCACCGAUGAACAACCCUAAUAUGAGUGGACCUCCAAUGGGCAUGAGUCAGGCUCGAACCCCAGGCAUGGUUCCUUUUGGGGCUCACGGUCAAAGGAUGCCUCAGCAGGGGUAUCCCGGAGGGCCUCGACAGGGCAUGCCCAUGCAGGGGAUGAAGAGGCCAUAUCCUGGGGAGGCAAGUUACGUGGGUCAGCAGUACGGACCGAACGGUCAGUUCCCACCACAGCAGGGACAGUACCCCACAUCAAACGCCUCCAGGCCGCUGUCAUCUCCUAGCUACCCCGGCCAAAGGAUGCCAGGGCAGCAGGUCCAAGGGCAAUACCCACCUGGCAUGCCCAUGAGCCAGUACUACAAGCAAGAGCCCUUCAAUGGUCAGAGCACCAACUUCUCUGGAGGCGGAUACUCCUACGGCCAAGGCAAUGGGCCCCCCAGGCCUGUUAACUACCCCCACUCCCCGGUCCCUGGAAACCCUACACCCCCUAUGACCCCAGGAAGUAGUAUCCCUCCAUACCUGUCGCCAAACCAGGAUGUGAAGCCCCCGUUUCCACCUGACAUGAAACCAAAUAUGACAACUCUUCCGCCCCCUCCAACUAACCCCAAUGAGGAGCUGCGGCUGACGUUCCCAGUUCGGGAUGGAGUGGUGCUGGAGCCGUUCCGCUUGGAGCACAAUCUGGCUGUCAGUAACCACGUCUACCACCUUCGACCCUCCGUCCACCAGACGCUCAUGUGGAGGUCAGACCUGGAGCUCCAGUUUAAGUGCUACCACCAUGAAGACAGGCAGAUGAACACCAACUGGCCCGCCUCCGUCCAGGUCAGCGUCAACGCCACACCCCUCACCAUCGAGAGGGGAGACAACAAAACCUCCCACAAACCCCUGCACCUGAAGCACGUAUGCCAACCUGGAAGAAACACCAUACAGAUAACGGUCACCGCCUGCUGUUGUUCCCACCUGUUUGUGCUGCAGCUGGUCCACAGGCCAUCUGUGCGAUCUGUCCUCCAGGGGCUCCUGAAGAAAAGACUCCUUCCUGCAGAACACUGCAUCACCAAGGUUAAGAGGAACUUCAGCAGCGUGGCAGCCUCUGCAGGCAGUACUACUCUGAACGGGGAAGACGGUGUGGAGCAGACAGCCAUCAAAGUGUCGCUGAAAUGUCCCAUUACCUUCCGACGCAUCCAGCUACCCGCACGAGGGCAUGACUGCAAACAUGUCCAGUGCUUUGAUCUGGAGUCCUACUUGCAGCUCAACUGUGAGAGAGGGACAUGGAGGUGUCCUGUGUGCAAUAAAACAGCAUUAUUAGAAGGUCUGGAGGUGGACCAGUACAUGUGGGGAAUCCUCAAUGCAAUCCAAAAUUCAGAGUUUGAGGAGGUCACUAUAGACCCUACAUGUAGCUGGCGACCUGUCCCCAUAAAGUCUGAGCUACACAUCAAAGAGGACCCUGACGGACCACUUGCCAAGCGCUUUAAGACCAUGAGCCCCAGUCAGAUGACCAUGCCCAAUGUAAUGGAGAUGAUCGCCCAGCUAGGGCCCGGGACAGGACCUGGACCUGGCUCUGUACUUGGUCCCAGCCCUUACCCCCCACACCCUAGCCAACAUCCUAGUGGCAACGGGGGAGAUUACCCCGGCAUAGGCAACAGUUACCACAGCCAAGGGAACUUUGACUUCCCUCAUGGGAACCCCUCUGGUUGUGGGGUAGGAGGAGGUGGAGGAGGUCCCCCCAUGAAUGACUUCAUCCAUGGCCCCCAGCUCUCCCACCCACCAGAUGGCCCUGGUGGUCUCCUCUCCCAGGACAAGCCCCUCAACCAUGGCAUUAAUGAUGCAAUGUCCCAUACCGAUCAGUCCCAUAACUCCAUGCAGCAGAGCUUGCAUGCGUCUCCCCACCCUGGCAGCCAUUCAGGGCCGCCCUUACAUCACAGUGGCCAGUCAGGGCCGCCGUUGCAUCACAGUGGCCAACCAUCGCAGCCCCCUCGCCAGUCGCAGCCUCAGCCACAUCAGCAACCUCAGCAGCCCGGGCAGAACAGUCACCCCCACAGCGAUCUGAACUUUAACCCUUCCUCAGAUGGGCAGAUGGGUCAGGGAGUCCAUGAUAUGCCUGAACCCUCCCUGGAUCUGCUUCCAGAGCUGGCCAACCCCGACGAGUUACUAUCAUACCUGGACCCUCCCGACCUUCCCACCAACAGCAACGACGACCUUCUCUCCCUCUUCGAGAACAACUAGCUCCUCUCCUCCCCUAGAAACCCUUCUGCACCGACAGGAGUCGUGAUGUGUUUGACUGUCCGUCCACAGGCACCUCACCGACCUCCUAUCGAUACUUCAAGCAGCUUCCUAUGCUCAUGCACACACACACAUACACAGUCUAUCAACAGAUAAUGUGUGACAUAGGAGUGCGGCUGAAAAGAGACGUCUGUUUGGGAACUCCAAGGGAGAGAGCAGGAACGCCACUCAUCCCCGCACUCCCUUUUUUCCUCGUGUAAAGAUUCCACGCACCAGUUCCACCGCCUUUGACUCGAAACACACCAUUUACAGCCAGCCAUGUUGGCGGGCACUAAAGUGAUAUAUAUAUAUAUAUAUAUAUAUAUAUAUAUAUACACAUACACAUAUAUCUAUAUACAUAUAGAUAUAUAUAUAUAUAUAUAUAUAUAUUAUAUUUGUGACUUUUUAACAGAAAACUGUGCAGCUAUAAUCAUCAUGUGUAAACAACACAGAGGAGACAGGAGCCUUUGUGGGCUUUAGGAAAAGUGUUGUAGCUUUGUUUUUUUAUUAUGAUUUAUUUUUGUGAAAAAAAAACCAUUGUCUUGUAUGAAUGUUUUUAUCCUAUUUGAAAUGUGUUCUUCCAAAAUGUUGGCACAUGCCAUCAUGCCCUUUGACUCCCAGACUUGACUCUGUGUGUGAGCGUGGUGAAAUGUCAACAGAGGAAAACGAGCGCACUUUGUGCAAUGUAGUGUGUGCGAGUGUGAGUGUGAGUGUGCGUGCGUGUGCGUGCGAGUGUGAGUGUGUGCGUGUGUGCAUGGUGUGUGUGUGUGUGUGUGUGUAUGUUUACAUGUCCUCUUUUGUUUGCCUGCGAGUGUACGUGAAAGACCGCGGGGAGAGACAGUUCGAGACGGAGGAGGGAAGAAAUAUAUUGAAUGGAAGAAAGAUAACACAAUCCACUUUAAGAGCUGUCUCAGUACUUUUUGUCCAGUCUGUAGUCGUUCUUGUGUAUUUAUUGUAAUGUUUCGCUCUUCCUCAUCAAAUUCAGCACCAUUUUGUCCACAAGUGCAUGUGUGCCAAUGGCUCCUGUUGUCUUUGUCCAGCCUAAACGUGCUUGAUCAAAUCAUUUACUCUCUUGUUUUUAUAUUUAUUAUUUCAUUUCAAAUUCAUCCGUUUUCUUUUUCUCUUUUUUUUUAUUGUCGUCCUUUUUUACGUGUUUAAUUUUCGUCCCACAUUGAAAUUAAUCAGAUACACAUCACCAAAGUUGUCCUAUGCUUUUUGUAAGUGGUUGGACCUGGAUAUUAUGUUGAUGCAAGAGCAAGAUUUCAACGUCCUUCAGACAUCUACAGAAGUUUUUAAAUCACUGUGUUUUAUAAAAGCGUCUGUGUGAUUGUUCUGAUCUUUCCUUUUGUCGUUUUGUUACUGUUGAACUGCAUCUUUUUGGGAAAAACAUCCUGCAUGAUCCAACAGUGUUUCCGGAGCUGUUGUAUAUACCCGUUGUGAAUACUUUGUGACUGUACAGUACUGUACCUAUCUAUUACUGACAACUACAUGGUACUGUAUGUCUGUCAAGGACUACGCACACUCACACACACACACACACACACACACACACAGAAACCCUUCUUAAACAGUCCAAUAUUGUAACAAAUUGAUCCAAAUGCACUCUCACUGAACUCUUAUUGAGUAUCUGUGUAUUGUUUUUCAUUACCCUGUGACAAUGCAUCAGUGAAAAGGAAUAUUCAGAUCGCUCAGCAGGAAAGUUAUCAUUUUUCUUUUUCUUUUCUUAAGUAUACAAAUUGGUCAGCUUUAAAUUGUUUUUCUGUCUAAAAGAUUGUUAAUGCAGCUUAGAGGUCCAAAUUUCUCAAAAAAAUGAUUCACGUGAUAUCAUUGGAACAAGUGACCUCGUCCUCUUUAUUUAAAGUGAGAAUGUGCAAAAUGUCCUCUUGAUUGUUUUGAGGCCUGAUUAUACGUUUUUGAUAACAUUACCUAACUCAAAUUUGGGAAUUGUGGAUUUUCAUCACAUUUGAUCUUGUUUUAAGUUUAUAUUGUUGUCCACUGUUUUAAGUAAUUUGGUUUACACAGUUUUAUGCAGUACAUUCAAUUAAUUUAAAACAUACUGUAUGUUAUUGGACAAAAGUUCCCCCAUUUGAGAUUUGUAAACCAUUUGAAGAACCAAAUAUGGAUUUACUGAUCUUUAAAACUGAUCAAAUCACCUGCAAAUAACACAGUUGAAGGAUCAGAUGUUGUAUGUGUUUGUUUAUAUGUUUGUUGAAGACAAUGCACUGCCGCAUUGGGAUGUUUUAUUUCCCUACACAGUGUGUAACUGUAACUGCAACCUUUCACAAAAUCACGUCUACUAAUUUGAGCGACACAAAUUGUACUGUCUGAUUGCAGACACUUGAAAUUGAGUCGAGGAUUUAAAAGAGAAUGCAAUUAAUGUUGUACAAUGGAAUUUUGGGGGAGAACCCGUCCUGUUUGCAUAACGAGGGGAGGUUGUGGCAAAGGGGCGGGGGCGGGGAUGUAAGAGAUACGUGUAUAUAAUGUAAAUGACAAAUAGAGACACGUUAACAGAAAUGUAUUCAUUUUCUCCAGGGGGAGUGUGCAUAGUGUAUUUAGAAUUUGUAAAGCUUGCAUCCUCCUGUCAGACAUUGAAUUGGCAAAAUGAGUCUGUGUUCGAUUGCGUCUGUGCAGACCUCUCUAAUCACGCCUGUUCAUUUAUGGAAGAUACUUUAUGUACCCCUGCACAUGGGGUUUCAAAGAAAAAAAGAAAUUUUUCCUUUGUGUAAUAUUAAACUUCUGUGUAUUUCUCUAUUACCUGUGUACUUUAUAAAGGUGCUACAAAAUUAUUAAAACCAUUUGAGGUAUAAUUGGGACUUGGAGACCUUGAGCUUUUAGUGGCUCUCAAGGGUUGUUUCCAAAUUUUGUAAAAAGAAUUGUCAAAUUUAUAAUUUUUAUGCAAUUUGGAAAAAUAUGCUAUAAAGGUACAAUCUGAAGUGAUUGGCACAGCU